AUGGAUGCUUUGGUACAAGCAUCACCUCCCAAUUCUCCCAAAUCCCAUCUCUACUCUCAAAGUUCUCUCAACACCACCACCAAGAACAACAAGGACGAUAUUCAAACAAUUCAAGAACAACAAAAGCUACACCAAGAUUACUCAUCAUCACAAUCACUAGUGAUCAUCAUGAGUAAUAAUUCAAUUAGUGUGCAAGAAGACCAGAAGGCCAAGACGAGCAAGGGAUAUAUGUUUCUUUUGGUGAUCAACUACCUGUUCCUCUUUGUGGGCUCACUCUCUUCAAGUUUACUCUCAAAGUUUUAUUUCAACCAUAAAGGUUCAAGCAGAUGGGUCUCUACAUGGGUCCAAUCCGCUGGUUUUCCCCUCCUUCUCUUCCCCAUUCACCUCCCUUUUUUUGUCUUCAAAUGCACCGAUAGACGUCCCUUUAGUCACUUCACUCCAAGAAUAUUAAUCUUAUCUAUCUUGAUAGGCCUCAUGUUAGGCCUGAACAACCUUCUCUUUUCAUGGGGCAAUUCCUAUCUCCCAGUGUCAACCUCGUCUCUCCUUUUGUCUUCUCAACUCGUAUUCAAUCUUAUUCUCUCAGUUAUCAUAGUAAAGCAAAAGAUCACCUUUCAAAAUAUCAACUGUGUAAUCCUAUUGACCCUAAGUUCAGUCCUUUUGGCUUUAGGCUCGACCCAUGAUAAACCUCCAGGACUAACCCGUGCAAAAUACUUCGUUGGCUUCUUUUCGACAAUAGGAGCUGGAUUGUUAUUUGCCUUAUAUUUACCAGUCAUGGAAAAGAUAUACAAAAGGAUCUACUGUUAUGAGAUGGUGAUGGAAAUGCAGUUAGUGAUGGAGAUUGCAGCCACAGCUCUGGCCACCGUGGGGAUGGCAUCAGACGGUGGUUUUUCAGAGAUGAAGAGAGAGAGCCAAGUCAAAUUUGAUAAAGGACCAGAGAUUUAUUGGAUUACAGUGUUUGCUAACGUGGUUACAUGGCAGCUAUGCUUCAUGGGCACAGCAGGAAUGGUUUUCUUAACAUCAUCACUAACAGGAGGGAUUUGCAUGACUGCCCUUUUGGCCAUGAACGUUUUAGGAGGGGUGUUGGUCUAUGGAGAUGAGUUUGGUGGCGUGAAGGUGGUGUCCACUGUGCUCUGUGGGUGGGGGUUUUGUUCUUAUGUUUAUGGUAUGUAUCUGAAAAUGAAAAAAGAAGAGGAGAUGGGAGAAGAGAUGGAGGAUAAAAAUCAUGGGUUGGAGAUGGCUCAUAAUGCUGUAGCAGCCAACAAUGUUUGA